AUCUUGGUCGUCGAAAUCCAUGGCUUCUUCUCUUCUCAGGCCAACUCCAUUACUCUCUACACCUCAUAAAUUACCUCAUCUUCACACCUCUAUCUCUUUCCCAUACGAAAUUUCGGCUCAGAGAAACCCACAUAAUCAUCUUCUCAAUCUAUGUCGCUCGUCAUCAACACCGUCACAGCAAAAGGCCUCACAGAGGAAGAGAACAAGGUACAGGAAACAGUACCCAGGAGAAAACAUUGGUAUAACUGAGGAAAUGAGAUUCGUCGCCAUGAGAUUACGCAAUGUUAAUGGUAAAAAAUUAGAUAUUUCUGGUGAUAAAACUGAAGAAGAAGAAGAAGAUGAUGAUGAUGAUGAUGAAGUAAAGGAAGAGACUUGGAAACCGAGCAAAGAAGGGUUUCUUAAGUACUUAGUUGAUAGCAAGCUUGUUUUCGAUACUAUUGAACGAAUUGUUGACGAAUCUGAGAAUGUUUCUUAUGCUUACUUCAGGAGAACAGGAUUAGAGAGAUGUGAAAGUAUUGAGAAGGAUUUACAAUGGUUUAGAGGAGAGGAUUUGGUUAUACCAGAACCAAGUAAUAUAGGAGUUUCUUAUGCAAAGUAUUUGGAAGAACAAGCAGGGGAAAGUGCACCUUUGUUUCUUUCUCAUUUCUACAGUAUCUACUUUUCACAUAUUGCUGGUGGUCAAGUUAUUGUAAGACAGGUAUCUGAGAAGCUUCUGGAAGGAAAGGAGUUGGAGUUCAAUAGUUGGGAAGGGGAUGCACAAGACUUGCUUAAAGGCGUCCGCGAGAAGCUUAACGUGCUUGGGGAGCACUGGACUCGGGACGAGAAGAACAAAUGCUUGAAGGAAACAGCAAAGGCGUUUAAGUAUAUGGGGCAGAUAGUUCGCUUGAUCAUCUUAUUACAUUCCUCCAAUUGGCUUACCACAGGCAUUGUGCUCUCGCUAAUUCAGGACAGUGCUGGAACUGAAGCUGAUGACCACUAGCCUCCAUGGCUGAAAGAGCAACUUUCUGUUAUUUGUUGGUUUAAGUCAGCGGUAAAGAAAAGCAACCGAAUUACUAAUUGAAAAAUGUAGCCAAAGGUUGUGGACUUGUGGGCUUGUGGCCUUUGUCUGAGGAUUGAUAUGAGAUAUUGUUGUUCUUUUUCUGGUAAACAUGUGAAGAUAUUGUUGUUCCUCAGUUUUAAGUAUUUGAAUAUUGGGGAUUUGAACACUUAUCAUUGCUUCUAAUUCUCUGAAUAUAAAUCAGUUAUGAAU